GGCGCGGGCGCGGGCGCACGGGUGUCCGCGGGCCCCACCGGCGCUUCCCCCUCCCUGGUGAGCUAACCCGGCGCGGCCGGGACGGGCGGAGGCGGCGGCGGGGGGCGCCCAUGCCGGGGCCGCGCGGCCCGAGGGCCCGGCCUGUCCUCGCUGCGCUGCUGGCGCUCUGGCUGCUCCUGCCGCUCUGCGUCCCGCGGCGGGCGGCGGGCGAGGCGGGCCGGGCCGGGCGCGGGCUGUUGUCGGGCGGGGCCGCGGCUGCUGCGCUCCCCGUGGCGGCCGACGUGACGGUGGAGGACGACGAGGGCGGCGGCGGCGUGGCCCAGGCGGCCUCCUCGGCCGAGCAGGCCCAAGAAGCGCCCGGCGUUGGCGGCGGCGUUGGCGGCGGCGUUGGCAGAUCAUUGGUAAUUAUAAGUACUUUGGAUGGACGGAUUGCUGCGCUAGACCCAGAGAACGGAGGGAGAAAGCAGUGGGAUCUGGAUGUGGGGUCCGGCUCCCUCGUCUCAUCUAGUCUCAGCAAACCAGAGGUAUUUGGAAAUAAGAUGAUAAUUCCUUCUUUGGAUGGAGACCUUUUCCAGUGGGACCGUGACAGAGAAAGCAUGGAAGCUGUUCCUUUCACUGUUGAAUCUCUACUUGAGUCAUCCUACAGAUUUGGGGAUGAUGUUGUUUUGGUUGGAGGAAAAUCCCUAACAACAUAUGGGCUGAGCUCAUGCUCAGGAAAGGUGAAGUACAUUUGUUCAGCCAUGGGGUGUCGUCGCUGGGAAGAUGAUGAGGUGGAACAGGAAGAUAUUCUUCUCCUGCAUCGAACUCAGAAAACCGUUCGAGCUGUUGGGCCCCGCAGUGGCAAUGAGAAGUGGAAUUUUAGUGUUGGUCAUUUUGAACUGCGCUAUAUUCCAGACAUAGAAAAUAGAGUGGGAUUUAUAGAAGGCAAUUUGAAAUCAAGUCUGAACAAAGAAGAUUCUAAAAUAAUUUCGGAUGUGGAAGAGCAGGAGGCUGUAACAAAAGAUACGGUGAUAAAGGUCUCGGUCGCUGACUGGAAGGUUAUGGCAUUUAGCAAGCAGGGAGGACAUCUGGAAUGGGAAUACCAGUUUUGCACUCCGGUUGCUUCUGCUUGGCUGGUUAAAGAUGGCAAGGUAAUUCCAAUUAGUCUCUUUGAUGAUACAAGUUACACCUCGAAUCAUGAUGCCUUAGAAGAUGAAGAAGAUCUCGUGGAAGCUGCCCGGGGAGCUACAGAGUCCAGUGUCUAUUUAGGAAUGUACAGAGGCCAGCUGUACCUUCAGUCAUCUGUCAGAAUUUCUGAGAAGUUUCCAACAAAUCCAAAGGCGUUGGAGUCUAGAAAGGAUAAUGCUGUUAUUCCAUUGCCUGUAAUCAAAUGGAAACCCUUGAUUCAUUCCCCUUCCAGAACUCCUGUGUUGGUGGGAUCUGAUGAGUUCGACAAAUGUCUCAGCAAUGAUAAGUUUUCCCAUGAAGAGUACAGUAAUGGGGCCCUUUCGGUUCUGCAGUAUCCCUACGAUAAUGGUUAUUAUUUGCCCUACUACAAGAGGGAGAGGAACAAACGGAGCACUCAGAUCACUGUCAGGUUUUCUGACGACUUGAACUACAAGAACACUCGGAAAAAAGACCCAGUUCUUCUUCUGCACUGGUGGAAGGAAAUUGCCAGCACCAUUGUAUUGUGCAUUGUGGCCACAACUUUUAUUGUGCACCGGCUUUUCCAUCCACAUGUUCGCAACCGACAGCGGAAGGAGUCUGAAACACAGUGUCAGACUGAUAGCAAAUAUGAGCCUGUUGCUGGACAGACAAAAAACAACCACUGGUCUGAUUUCAAGGGCUCGGGAUAUGUGUCCAGAUUUUUAACUGAUUUUGAGCCAGUUCAAUGUCUAGGUCGUGGAGGAUUUGGAGUAGUUUUUGAAGCUAGAAACAAAGUAGAUGAUUGUAACUAUGCUAUCAAAAGAAUACGUCUACCAAAUAGAGAGUUGGCUCGUGAGAAAGUGAUGCGUGAAGUCAAAGCAUUAGCGAAACUUGAACACCCGGGCAUUGUUCGGUAUUUCAAUGCUUGGUUAGAAGCUCCGCCUGAGAGUUGGCAGGAACGAAUGGAUGAACUGUGGCUAAAGGAUGAAAGUACUAGCUGGCCACUCAGUUCUCCCAGUCCAAUGGAAGUGCCAUCAUUUAAAAUUAGAACUGAGACACUGUCUGCCAAGGAACACAUAGAAGUUAUUGCUGCUUCUCUGGAGAAGAAAACUCUGCUUUCUGUUGGGGUGCCUGGAGACCAGUCAGAUUCCUCAGACAGCCAUUUUACUCCGCUAACGUUUUCUGCCGUUGAUAAUAGAGACUUAAGCCGUUCAGCAGAUCCCAUAACCAACAUACAAGACAGCUUCCUUUCUGACUGUGAUAUAGAAGAUAGUACCAUUGAUGAAAAUGAUCCUGUACGCACCUUUGAACUUUGCCCUCCGCUCACACCAACAGUAAAGGUGAGGGAGAGAACUUCUUCAUCAAUUAUCUUUGAGGAUUCUGGCUGUGAUAAUACUUCUAAUAAAGGAGAUGACAAAACUGAUUAUUCACUUGCUUAUAGUUACUGUGGGGAUAACCUAAUAAGCAGAAAAGAAUCUGGUCAUAAGAAGCUGUCUUCAGAAAGCCCCCUGUCUGUUUCUGUACAAAGAGCAACAACUUUAAGCAACCUGGAUAUCUCUAAGAACUCUCUACAAAAAACCAAACCUACCUCUCCCAAAGUGUACCUUUACAUCCAGAUGCAGCUCUGUAGAAAGGAGAAUCUUAAGGACUGGAUGAGCAGAAGAUGUACAAUAGAGGAGCGGGAGAGGAUCGAGUGCCUCCUGAUAUUUCUGCAGAUAGCAGAAGCUGUUCGGUUUCUGCACAGUAAAGGAUUGAUGCACCGGGACCUCAAGCCUUCUAACAUAUUUUUCACAAUGGAUGAUGUAGUAAAAGUUGGGGAUUUUGGUCUGGUAACUGCAACAGAUCAAGAUGAGGAGGAAGAAUCUGUUCUAAGACCACUGUCCGUUUAUGCCCGACACACAGGGCAAGUUGGGACCAAGCUCUACAUGAGCCCAGAACAGGUCUACGGAAACACUUAUUCUCACAAAGUGGAUAUUUUUUCUUUGGGCCUGAUCUUGUUUGAACUCCUUUACCCAUUCAGCACCCAAAUGGAGAGAGUGAGGACACUGAGUGAAGUAAGAAGUUUGACAUUUCCACCACUGUUCAUUCUGAAAUAUGCACAAGAGCAUGCUAUGGUGAAGCACAUGCUCUCCGCAAGUCCCACAGAAAGACCAGAAGCAGAAGAUGUUAUAGACAAUGCUUUAUUUGAAGACUUGGAAUUUCCAACAAAACCAGUACUCAGACAAAGAUCCCGGACAAUGAGUUCUUCUGGAACGAAGCAUUCAAGAUAGCCAAGCAAGUAAUUGGCACAAUUAUAAAGACAUUGAAUAGGUUGUUGAGCAGAAGUAUUCAAAAUUGGAAAACAUUUCUGAAAUACUCUUUGAGUUAUAUACUAAAUCAUCAUUGGCUGAAGCUAACCUACAUUUACUGUUUUCAGUUUUCUGGAAGCAAAUAAUUUAUACAUUCCAUUAUUAACUGUUAAGUUGAUGUACCUGAUUUUUAAUAUACUCUCUUGUGUUUGGAUCAUGUAAAUAUUUUCUGAGAAAUUGAAAUUUAUUCGUUAUGUCAAAAAAAUUUUAGAACAAAUCAAUCUGAGCUUGGUACAAGUCCUGGUUACUGUAAACUCAAGUCAUCUUAAAGCAAGCUAAAAUAUUUUUUAAAACCUCUUUUUACAAGGGCAAGGGGAUACUUUGCAAAUGAUAAUUUUAUUAGUAGACAGCUCAAAAGCAAAUUGUGGCUUGCUUCUAUACAGUUGAGUUUGCUGAUAAAUGUUGCAUAAAGAUUGCCAGAUUUGACAAUAAAAAUAGAGUGGAUAGGAUUUCAAUUCCCAUUUGUUCAAAAACGUGUAAUUCCUGAAACAUAUGCCUAAUUCAGCAUGUAAUCCUGUAGGCUUCUAGUAAAUUCAGUCCAUGCAUAUAUUUAAUAAGAUACGUUGAUUGCUUAAUGACAUGUAUCAGUGUAAAUAUUUUGAUUUAUUUAUACAAGCAUAAAAUCAAUCCUUUUGGGUUGGUGGUGUACAGUAUGCACUUAGAAUAAUUGUUAAGUGCAUUUAAUUACUAUGACUUCUUUCAAGUCUUAAAUGAUUUAAUAAAAACUUUGUAUAUUUAAA